CCAUGCCACUCCCAUCCCCGUCCUCUUUCCGUUCUCUCUCUUUCUCAUGCUCUCUAUAGCCACCGCCUCCCCUUCUCCUCCUUAGCCAAAACCGCAAGGGGUUCCCUUUUUCCUCCAUCGAUCUAGAGAUAGGGUUUGUUAUAUCGAUUGAUGGCGGCGUCGAUAUCGAAUAGGGGUAAGGACAUGGAUCGAAUCAAGGGGCCGUGGAGCCCGGAGGAGGACGAGGCGCUCCAGAAGCUGGUCCAGAAGCACGGGCCGCGGAACUGGUCUUUGAUCAGCAAGUCCAUCCCGGGAAGGUCCGGGAAGUCGUGCCGGCUACGGUGGUGCAACCAGCUCUCGCCUCAGGUGGAGCACCGGCCCUUUACGGCGGAGGAGGACGAAACCAUCAUCCGUGCCCACCGCCGCUUCGGGAACAAGUGGGCCACGAUCGCCCGCCUCCUCUCCGGCCGGACCGACAACGCCAUCAAGAACCACUGGAACUCCACCCUCAAGCGCAAGUACUCCUCUGCCACCGUCGCCCCCGCGGUCGACGACGUCGGCCUGCCCCAUCAGCAAUACGACGCUGCCCUGGUGGCAGCGGAUGACGCGGCCGUGCGGCCGCUCAAGCGCUCCAGCAGCGUCGGGCCGAUCCUCUCCUCUGCCGGCGGGCUCUGCUUGAGCCCGGGCAGCCCCUCCGGAUCCGACCUCAGUGACUCCAGCCGCCACAGCCACCCGAUGUUCUCCCCCGCCGCCGCCGCCGCCGUCCUCCCAUCGGCGUCACACAUCUACCGCCCGGUGCCUAGAACCGGUGGCAUCGUCCGCCCGGCGUCAUCCCCUCACCACCACGAAGCAACCGUCGUUGCCGCCCCCGCCAUCAAUACCAAGAAUGACGAUCCGGUCACGUCCCUCUCUCUGUCCCUCCCCGGAUCGGAUAAGCCCGAGGCAUCUGACCUCCACCGCACAAACCAGAACCAGCUCCAUCUCCUGGCUGCACCACUGUCCCCGGGGCAGGCGAUGCCGCUGCAUCCGCCUACCCCGGUGGCGCAUCCGCCGCCCCCGAUGGCGUGCCCCUCCACCGCCGACGAGCAGAGGCGGGAGCCGGAUGAGGAGAGGCGGCCGGCGUUCCCCUUCAGCGCCGAGUUCCUGGCGGUGAUGCAAGAGAUGAUCCGCAACGAGGUGAGGAGCUACAUGUCAGGACUCGAGCAGAGCGGUAUGAUGUGCAUGCAACCGCCGCAGGAAAGCAUCCACAACGCCGUCAUCAAGCGGAUCGGCAUCACCAAAAUCGAGUAGUAGAUUAGCUCCAGAUGGAUCGAAGGAUCAAAGGAAUUAAGGAUGGAACAGUCUUCGAUGAAGAAAAAAGAAGGCUUCUUUAGCUGUUUAGCUCCGUUAGCUUAGGUUUCGUUCCCGUUUCUUUAAUUAAAAUCCGCUCCCUCCUUCCCUCCUUUCUUAGCCAGUUCUAUACAAAAUAAGGUGGAUCAAGGGUUUUUUUUGUACAGAAAAGAGAUCAAGCUGGGGUAAAUCUGCUGAAGAUGUUUAGAAAUUGAUGAAGAGAAAACAAGAAAAAAAAAUGGCGGUUUUUAUUUUCGUCCAA